AUGGUGUGCGGCUGUGGACUCAACCAUCACAUUGAUGGUAGUGAACCAGUUCCUAAAUCUCUUUUAGAGGACAGUAAACCAAACCCAGCAUAUAAAGUGUGGGUGAGAGAAGACCAACUUGUAUUAAGUUGGAUUGUUGCAUCAGUUUCAGAGGGCAUUUUACGUCAAUUAGUUGGAGCGCAGAGCGCUCGUGCAGCUUGGGAUAAGCUUGUUGCUGCAUAUGCUUCAGGAUCGAAGCCUCAAAUUCGUGAACUCAAGAUGCAGUUGCAUACUUUGCGUCGUGACAAUGCAAGCAUUGAAUCUUAUAUUCAGAGGGAAAAAGGAAUUUCGGAUAGACUAGCUGCGCUACAACAUCCGAUUUCCAAUGAUGAUUUGGUUGAAUUUGUUCUUGCUGGACUAGGUCCUGUUUAUCGUCCUUUUACUAGAUCACUAGAAUCGCGUCAAGAAGAUAUUAGUUUUGAUGCUUUAUAUGGCCUUCUCCUGAAUGAAGAGCGACAAUUACAAAGAGAUGAGACCAUUAAUGUCAUUGCACCCACAACCCACUUUACUAAAAGUUCCUUUUCUAGCACUCGAGGACGUGGUAGAGGACGAGGAGGGCGUGGUCGUGGACGCUCCUCCAACCAAGGGUUCACCCAACAGAACUCUUAUCAAAGUUCUCCAGCAUCUAACCAGUUGUCAAAGGCACAACCAUAA